CUUUGAGCUGCUCUUUGUCUGAUCCCUCACCUAGAACCUGUUUGCCUUGGGAGACCCUACCAGGGGGCUUUAUGCCCCCGGACAACAUAGCUCCUAGGAUCAUUGGGACACGCAAACUCCUCUACCACGAUAAGGUUGCAGCUCAGAGAGGAGCACUAUGGACUGGACUCACAUUAUUAUUUUGGAUCCACAAUGGACUGGACUCUCACUAUUAUGUUAGAUCCACUAUGGACUGGAGUCUCACUAUUAUGUUAGAUCCACUAUGGACUGGACUCUCACAAUUUUAUGUUAAAUCCACUAUGGACUGGACUCUCACUAUUAUGUUGGAUCCACUAUGGACUGGACUCUCACAAUAUUAUGUUAAAUCCACUAUGGACUGGACUCUCACACUAUUAUGUUAAAUCCACUAUGGACUGGACUCUCACUAUUAUGUUGAAUCCACUAUUGACUGGACUCUCACUAUUAUGCUAGAUCCACUAUGGACUGAACUUUCACUAAUAUGUUAGAUCCACUAUGGACUGGACUGUCACUAUUAUGCUAGAUCCACUAUGGACUGGACUCUCACUUUUAUGUUAUAUCCACUAUGGACUGGAGUCUCACUAUUAUGUUAGAUCCACUAUGGACUGAACUUUCACUAAUAUGUUAGAUCCACUAUGGACUGGACUGUCACUAUUAUGCUAGAUCCACUAUGGACUGGACUCUCACUUUUAUGUUAUAUCCACUAUGGACUGGAGUCUCACUAUUAUGUUAGAUCCACUAUGGACUGGACUCUCACAAUAUUAUGUUAAAUCCACUAUGGACUAGACUCUCACACUAUUAUGUUAACUCCACUAUGGACUGGACUUUCACUAUUAUGCUAGAUCCACUAUGGACUGAACUCUCACUAUUAUGCUAGAUCCACUAUGGACUGGACUCACACUAUUAUGUUAAAUCCACUAUUGACUGGACUCUCACUAUUAUGCUAGAUCCACUAUGGACUGGACUCUCACAAUAUUAUGUUAAAUCCACUAUGGACUGAACUCACACUAUUAUGUUAAAUCCACUAUUGACUGGACUCUCACUAUUAUGUUAGAUCCACUAUGGACUGAACUCUCACUAUUAUGUUAGAUCCACUAUGGACUGGACUCUCACUAUUAUGCUUGAUCCACUCUGGAAUGGACUCUCACUUUUAUGUUAUAUCCACUAUGGACUGGACUCUCACUAUUAUGUUGGAUCCACUAUGGACUGGACUCUCACAAUAUUAUGUUAAAUCCACUAUGGACUGGACUCUCACACUAUUAUGUUAAAUCCACUAUGGACUGGACUCUCACACUAUUAUGUUAAAUCCACUAUGGACUGGACUCUCACUAUUAUGUUAGAUCCACUAUGGACUGAACUCUCACUAUUAUGUUAGAUCCACUAUGGACUGGACUCUCACUAUUAUGUUAGAUCCACUAUGGACUUGACACUCACUAUUAUGUUAGAUCCACUAUGGACUGGACUCUCACUAUUAUGUUAGAUCCACUAUGGACUGAACUCUCACUAUUAUGUUAGAUCCACUAUGGACUGGACUCUCACUAUUAUGUUAGAUCCACUAUGGACUUGACUCUCACUAUUAUGUUAAAUCCACUAUGGACUGGACUCUCACAAUAUUAUGUUAAAUCCACUAUGGACUGGACUCUCACACUAUUAUGUUAAAUCCACUAUGGACUGGACUCUCACUAUUAUGCUAGAUCCACUAUGGACUGAACUCUCACUAUUAUGUUGGAUCCACUAUGGACUGGACUCUCACUAUUAUGUUAGAUCCACUAUGGACUGGACUCUCACUAUUAUAUUAGAUCCACUGUGGACUGGAUUCACACUAUUAUGUUAGAUCCACUAUGGACUGGAUUCACACUAUUAUGUUAGAUCCACUAUGGACUGGACUCUCACACUAUUAUGUUAAAUCCACUAUGGACUAGACUCUCACUAUUAUGCUAGAUCCACUAUGGACUGAACUCUCACUAUUAUGUUAGAUCCACUAUGGACUGGACUGUCACUAUUAUGCUAGAUCCACUAUGGACUGGACUCUCACUUUUAUGUUAUAUCCACUAUGGACUGGAGUCUCACUAUUAUGUUAGAUCCACUAUGGACUGGACUCUCACAAUAUUAUGUUAAAUCCACUAUGGACUGGACUCUCACUUUUAUGCUAGAUCCACUAUGGACUGAACUCUCACUAUUAUGUUAGAUCCACUAUGGACUGGAAUCUCACAAUAUUAUGUUAAAUCCACUAUGGACUGGACUCUCAUUAUUAUGCUAGAUCCACUAUGGACUGAACUCUCACUAUUAUGUUAGAUCCACUAUGGACUGGACUCUCACUAUUAUGUUAGAUCCACUGUGGACUGGAUUCACACUAUUAUGUUAUAUCCACUAUGGACUGGACUCUCACACUAUUAUGUUAAAUCCACUAUGGACUGGACUCUCACACUAUUAUGUUAAAUCCACUAUGGACUGGACUCUCACUAUUAUGCUGGAUCCACUAUGGACUGGACUCUCACUAUUAUGUUAAAUCCACUAUGGACUGGACUCUCACUAUUAUGCUAGAUCCACUAUGGACUGGACUCUCACUAUUAUGUUAGAUCCACUAUGGACUGGACUCUCACUAUUAUGUUGUAUCCACAAUGGACUGGACUCUCACAAUAUUAGGCAAGACCCACUCGACAUGCAUUGCACCGGUCGCCCCCACAUCUGCGGUCCUCCCCAAGGUUUCUCAUUGUUAAUCCCAUUGGGUUGGGUUUUUCCUUGCCCUGACGUGGGAUCUGAGCCGAGGAUGUAUCCGUGGCUUGUGCGGCCCUUUGAGACACCCGUGAUUUAGGGCUAUAUAAAAAAAACAUCGAUUGAUAUGGAAUUCAAUGCGAUCCAUUCGCGUGAUAUGCAAGGUGGCCAGCAGAGGGCGGCAGACGCCAUGUAGAAAUCAACGCUCCUAAGUCACCUUCACAAACCAAUUAAUUUGUUGUGUUUUUUGGGGGGGGGAUUUUUUUUUAUUUAACCCUGAAAUUUAGCGUUUAAACGCGUAUUAAAAUCAGGACUCGCAUUUUUUUUACGAGAGGGUUUGCCGGCGCGGAAGAAUGAUAGUGACGUUUUUACGCCGGAGGGCAAAUCGAUGCUGGUAUCAUCACAUUGAUUGGCUCCGGCUGUGUGGGGUCGCCAUCCCUGCCAUGCAGCAGGGGGGCACUGGGGGAUGAUCAGCACCCAGGGGUGCAGGCAUCUGUGGGUGCGGCGCAUCACGCACACACACACACACACACACACACACACACACACACACACACACACACACACACACACACACACACACACACAGGGAUAGAACACUGUGCAUGGGUGACAUGUAGAGGAGGACUGAGGAAGGAGGAGCACCCAGUAGGGGGAAAAAAAAAAAGGAAGGCAGGGAUGUGAGCUCGCAGGGACAGAUGGCACCAAGGGGAGGGGAAAACACUCCACUCGCCUGCGAGACGGCGUGAGAGGCAGCCGACGCUCGACGACGCUCCGAGGAGGAUGUUCGCAUCAUCACCGUGGUCUGCACCAGCACCCAGCAGGGGACCCUAGACCCAGCACACAUACAUGAGCAGCGUCAGAGUGGAACCUACCAGAAGGCGGUCAUCUGUGAAUUUCUCCCCCUUUUUUUUUUUGGUGGCGUGUGGAGCCGAGACCAUGAGCGAGGCCAAAAAAGGCGAGCUGGCCAUGAGAGAUAAAGCCAUCCUGCACCAGCAGCGGCGUCUCAAGCAGGCCACCCAGUUCACGCACAAGGACUCGGCUGACCUCCUGCCCCUGGACGGCCUCAAGAGGCUGGGGACGUCCAAAGACCUGCAACCUCACAGCAUCGUCCAGCGGCGCCUGCUGGAGGGCAACAUCACGCGACUGCGAGGCGAGGCCCGCGACACGGGCGCCCGAGUGCGCUCGCCGCUGGCCGACACCGAGGACCAGGGCGAGGACGGUCCGGGCGACAGUGAGGAGAGGAGCGAGAGCACCGCCGACUCCUCCACUGAGGAGAGGGAGGAGUCUCAAGAGGAGAGUUUCCGCUCGGACGACGAGGAGGCGGCCCGGCGCGGGACGGGGGGGUCCGGCCUUCUCACGGCGCUACUCGUUCAGUGCAAGUGCCGCGAGACGGAAGUCAAGGCGUCUUUGAACACCGGCAGCCUGCACAACCACAUCUCUGCAUCCUGCUGCCACAGGCUCGGCCUGGACCCCAGUAGCGCCGUCGCAGACGUGAAGCUCCAACUGGGCACCAGAUCCUUCCAAUGCUCUGCUUUGGUCCAAGAGGACGACACGUCAGAGCUGAGCCUCGGUCUGCAGACCCUGCUGCAACUCAAAUGCUGCUUGGACCUGAACAGCCGCGUCCUGAAGCUAGGGGGCGGCGGCGAGGAGGAGGAGCUGCCCUUCCUGAGCGUGGCGGACAACCCCCCGUCCAAAACACCCGACCAGAAGCUGUGAGGCUGCGUUCCGGAAACCCCGACAAGCAUUUAGAACCACGUUUACAUGUCAACUAGUCUGAUUGCAACACUUCAAAAUAUUUAGUGGAAAUCAAUCCUUUCUUUUUCUUUAAAUCACAAAACACUGAAAUGGAUAUUUUUAUAGGAGAGAGAGACAGAAUGUAAACAAAUAACUAACCAAUUAAUAAACACAUGUACCUGUU